GGGACCCCGGAUGUUGUCGCCUCCGCUGCCGAGGUCCGGGCCGCGCCUCCCGCUCCGCUCCCGCCGUCCUGCAGCGCUCAGCGACGUCCAGCCGCCAACAUGGGGAAUGACUUGAGUUAUCCGCUGGACAUGUGCACGCACUUUGACGCAGACGAGAUAAAACGGCUGGGGAAGCGAUUCCGCAAGCUCGACUUGGACAACUCGGGUUCGCUGAGCGUGGACGAGUUUAUGUCUCUUCCCGAGCUGCAGCAGAAUCCUCUUGUGCAGCGCGUCAUCGACAUCUUCGACACUGACGGCAAUGGGGAGGUCGACUUCAAAGAAUUCAUCGAGGGUGUUUCUCAGUUCAGUGUUAAGGGCGACAAAGAUCAGAAGCUGAGGUUUGCCUUCCGAAUUUACGACAUGGACAAGGAUGGCUACAUCUCAAAUGGGGAGUUGUUCCAGGUGCUGAAGAUGAUGGUGGGAAACAACCUCAAAGAUACACAACUUCAGCAGAUCGUUGACAAGACCAUCCUCAAUGCCGACAAGGAUGGGGAUGGACGGAUAUCUUUCGAGGAGUUCUGCGCCGUGGUGGGAGGCCUCGAUUUCCAUAAGAAGAUGGUUGUUGAUGUCUAAUCUGCCAAUGCCUGGCAUCUACGUGCGUACCGUUUGCUGUGUGCACACUCGUUUACUGCUUUGAAAUGCGGCUGUCUGGCAGCCAAGCCCAGUGAGCCAUCUACUCCUGCCGUACUCAAGUAGUGCCAUUUUGUUUCAAUUUCUUUAGUCUCAAAAACAAAACACAAACAAAAGAGAAUCUCAGCGUGGGCAGUAAACCGAUAUAUCUGUUCUGGUCUCCUCUUGAGUAUAAGGUGCCCUAGCACUCCAUGGCGUUGUCAAAUGACUUGCCAGCGGCCUUGUACUGUGCCAGUCAAUGAGAUGAUGACAAGCACGACAGUAUUUUAAACUCCUGGCUGUGAAACGUACCGACUGCUUCGUGUCCACCCUGCUCCCCUGCAGAACAGCCUAGGAAGCACUGCGAGCCGAGUAUGAAUGCUUGUUACUUUUGCAUGUUGAGACAAAUGUAACUUCAUAAUGAGAUUUUGUUAAAGAUAUAUAUGAGUGCAUUACACCAACUCCAGUUUCCUUGAUGUUAUAUAUUAAAUUAUUGCGACUUUACACGCAUCUUAUAGAUAUUUGUUUACCUGGAAAUUUUAAGUCUAGCUAGAUAUUUAUGAAGAAACGUAGCGUAUGUUUAUAUUGCAAUUAUUUAUAAAACUGCAUUUUCCGCACCACAGAGAUAGCAUAAAAAGUUACACUGCAAAUGCUUGAAACUCGAUUUUGAAUUUUUUUUUGUUUCAAAUAGACUCGUACAAGAACAUAUUUCAUAUUUAGUUGAAACAUGAGGUGGUCUUUAUGUCGUGAAGUGCAGAUCAAUCGUUUUCACUCUCUUCAAGUAAUAUUCAGCACUUCAAACAAAUACUCUGAGCUCCUGGGCAAAGGGGAUAACUGGGAGCCUUCACCUGUAUUUUCGGCACUUUCUGCAAAGGGUAUAUUGGCCUUAAACGUUGCCUCUGUGCAGGAAGAGGAGUUGGUGUAAUGCGCUGCCAGUGUCCUGGUCCGUGUUUAGCAUGCAGUGUGAGUGGCCGGCUCCCAGCAGACGCACACGCGUGCAUGUGUAACGCAGCACCCCUGUGCCCCCCGUGGUAUGUGCUGCCGCCGUGACUUUGCUUGCUUCACGUGUCGCUGUCAGUCGCGGCCGCACGCCUGCCCGGGGUGCGUAGCAUGCUCUCUUCCUCCGCCUGGACGUUUGUCCGCUCGCCCGCCUGACAGUCCUCCCGCUGGCCCAUCCAUCCAUCCACCUACCCACCCACACACUCGUCCGCACCUCCGCUGCCCUACCCUCCAUGCGUAGGGACGAGCUUUGCGCAUGCUUCCACCCUGUAGCCGGGCAAGGGUCUGCACAGUCUUCUUUAUUUUUUUAAAUGAAAAUCUUUUUACUUCGUACGACAUUUGUAAAUUGUAAUUUAUUUUCUUUUGCUUUCAAUGCAACUCGGACAAUGCCAAACAGGUCUGAAUAUGGGGGGGGGGAUGAGUUUCCAGCAAAUGGCCAGCUAGCAAUCGAUACAGAACAAACGCUUACGCGACGCUAAAAGGGGGACAAUGCAGAGGGAAGUUAACAAACGUUCAAAGUUAAAUAUUUUCGUCGUGGUAUAAUUUUUGCGCGAAGUUCAUUACUCAAUGGAAUGUUGAGUAUAUCUGUAUCAAAUAAUUAUCUUUAUUUAAAUUCGUUUUUUUUGUCAAAGUAUAACUAUAAUAUUCCAGCACAGUUUGAUAGUGAAGUGAAUGCUUUGUCCUGAGUGUGUGGAUUGGUCCCGGGUCACUGAUGAGUACCUAUCUUAUAGGUAUGCAAUAUUUUUAGCAGACGUUUAAAACUGGUGAUUGUUUAAAUCGAGCAGUUUAUGCGAGGCAACUGUCACGCACUGCUUUAAUUUGAAAAAAUUGUAUCUUCGAUGGUGCGCACUUGAAUGAGAUUGGCCUUUGUUAUGUAGUAUUGCUUUUAUACAUUUUAACCAUGUAAAAGCAACUUGGCAGCUGUUAAUAUGCUCAACUGACAACUGGUAUACAACUGUGUUUAUAUUGCUACAUAAUUAGCGUACACAUUUAACGUCAAACUGUUCCCGUACUGUAGACUGGUAAAAACUGCGAUGAAAUUGAACCUGCCGUGCCUUCUCGUAUAACCUACGUUUCAGAAUGCUGCGAACUCGCACGCAUUAAAUGGAGUACAAUAGCGGUAAUUUUCAUCAAGUGAACCUCAUGGCGGUACCCCGGGAUACCAUAGUACAACCCCGGCUCUCGCGUAAUGUCCGUGAUGCAGUCAUUUUUAGUCUGGUGGUGGUCGGCGAUGCGGCAAUCGAUUCAUCUCGACGAGCUGUACACGAUGCACCACUACGGUCCGUGUGAGCGUUCACGGUUUCAGCGCAAUCGUCCUUGCUGCGUUUCGACAUCACGGAGUAGCACUGAUUUCGGACUGAUUGGUACCCGUGUCGCGGAGUUAAGUACACCCCUGGAAAAAAAUAGUGUCCCAGAUAAUAAAAUAUUUAAUUGCCUCGGCCAUUUUGUAUUAUUUCUUACCUCGUUGUACCGCCAUAAGGAUCAAGUGGCUAAUUAACAGCGGCGCUAAGAGAAUUGGUGCUAAUGCUUUUAUUUUAAGUGUUCCAUCGUCCACGUGUCGUCGUAGUAAAUUUCCAUAUCAUUUAACAAUCAACAUUAAAUCACUGGUGAUGGGAUGGUCCGAGUGGACAGGGGGGUUGGUAUGCUAGCAGUGUAGAGUUGGUGUACAUUUUAUGCUGUGUAAAUACAUUUCAUUUUUUUUUAUACAAGCUCCCAACAUACACAACACAUACUUUGGCUUAACAAAAUGAAAUUCAGUUUGCGAAUUAACUUAAAGAAACACGGAAUCUGUAUUGAUUGAUCUUGGCAGAAAUAAUCAAUUGAAAAUUACAUUCUCAUGCAAUAGACUUCGCUGUUUGGCUAAUGGUUUAGUUUUAACAGGUACCGCGUUGCACAGUCAUUUUGGUAUUGCCGUAAACAGGUGACCGUAUUUUAACAUGCAUUUCAUGUUGGUGGCUGGUGCUUUGCAAGCAGAUUUUUUACCAGUCUAAGCAGGCAGUUGAACGUUGUUUUAGGGAUGCACAAUAACAAUGCUUCGUAUAGUAGGUGCAUUUUACUGGUUGCUUAUUAUGCUGUUUUACGUCCCAAAAUUAUAAUUAUAUUUGGGUAAAGGACAAUUGGUUGUUUAUUAAUUCUAUAGAUUGUGAGGCCCUGCACGCAUGCAUGCAAGUAGCUGGAUUAUCGACUGGCUUGCAAGUCAAAGCUGGCUCUUAGCGUCUUGCCACCUGAACUGAUCUUAAGGUAUUGCGCUGGAAUGCAAUGAGAAAUUCUAGGUUGUGUUUCACGAGAAAAUGUAAUCAUCGGCAGGAGUUGCUUAAAAUUGCUCGGAACGUAGCAGCCAUUUCCUCAUUUCAAUUACGUAUAGUUGCAAACUCAAUUAUGGAAACGUCUUUCUACUGAAGUGAGCAUCCGUGAUGUGACUGGGUUAAUGACACCAUGAUGCGUGUGCAUGUAUCUUGCAUGAACACAUUCGUUGGUAAAAUUUUGAUUGAAAUAUGCAUGUAAAGCACGUAGGCGAUUGACCCGUAAAAUACACUGCUGUAUGCGCCCGUUCACAUCUAAAACGCAUGUCAGGACAAUGAUGACAUUGAGGAAUUGAGUUUGCAAUUGAUAACGUGGGCUGUUUUUGGAAAGAAAAAAAACAUUUUGUAAUGAAACCGGAGAACGGCUGUAUCAGUUUUACAUGAUCCUGUCUUGCAUGAGGAACUUUUACGAGUCUCGUGAUUGGUGAGAGCACGUGUGCUCUUUAACUCAGUGGCGUGGUCAUGUCGCACUACCCUAGAGUACAUAUAAUGCAAGCAUGGCAUGGUGACCUUUGCUUAUUGUUGAAGUACGUAGGUGAUUUGAGUUUGUGCUUUCCAUCGAUGCAGUGCUAGGUAUUUUUCAGCUUUUUUCCUGGUUAGUAUGAAGAUUUCUUAAGUGCAAUGUUUCCCUGCAUGGCGUAUCUGAUGAAGGGACAGUUGUAAAUAAGUUUGUAGCUGCUGACGUGCACAGGAUGAAACUAAACGCAACGUCGCCAAUUGCUAGCGGGGAUUGUAUGCAAGGAGAAAGCCAAAGUAUUUGUGUAUUUCGAAUAUGCCUGUUUAUUUUAUAAAUCAAUCCAAGCAUGACGUUGACUUUAAUAAAAAUGUGAGUUGAAGUCGUGUAGUCUAAACGGCCACUUAGAGAAACAGCAGUCAUCUGCACAUUCUUUUGUUUGGGAUGGUUUGGAGUCUCGAGGGAAUUUUGAUGCAAUAUUACCUGUUUUCUGUGAGCUAUUCAAAAGGGGGAAAAAACGUAAAAAAAAUGCUUUUAAAUAUAUUAAUAUUCCGUUUUAAGUUUUACAUCACACACUAGAGAUCACCUUCAUUUAGCGGAUCGUGGUAAAGCACUAGCAGGAAUUUGAGCGAACCAAUAUCGUGCAAAUUAUGUUUUGGAUGCAAUAAUGUAAUAUUAUGAAGAAAACAUUUUCAUCAUGCAAGAUGGAACCACCAAUUGCAAUUUUUUUCCAGCCAAAGCAAUGAAGUUUGUGUAAUUUUCUACACAUUCAUGCCAAUUGUUGGCCAUGAUGCAUGCAAUUGAAAACUGAUUUUUUUUUCAACUUUUGGGUCAAAAAUGAUCUCGGCAAAGGAAUAAUUGUUUGCUAACAGGGGAUUAAAAGGAAGCGAGCAUAAAUUGGAAUAGAUUACAAAGUUUCAGAUUCGCAUUAAACAUUCACGAUAAAAUCGGACAUGAAUAUUCCCUUGAAUCUGCACAACAAUCAAGGAAUAAAUUCGGGUGUGCGAUGCUAUGAAAUAAAGUGUGUCGGUCACGUAGUAACUCGUGUGAUAUUUGCUUGAAUUGGAAUUCCGCAUUCAAUUGUACGAUAACUUCACAAGAAGAAGCCUGUGACUUUUUGCAUGCCCGUUAGCCAUAAAUAACGUAUUUAGCAGCAGCAGCAGCUUCUCUCCGCGUAUGGUAAAUGUAAACGUUAAAACUCGAUGAUUCUGAAAUACAAAUUUAAUCGCGUGUUUGCUGGGAUGUAACAAAUGAGCUGCAAUAACAGGAUCUGAAUUGUGCUAUUUUUUUGUACAUAACUGAAAAUGGACUGUGCUCUUUUGCAUGUUUAUGGAUUUGUACAUUUAUACAUGUUACAUUUUUAUCUGUUGUCAAAAGAAUGAGAAUAAAUAUUUGUUUAAAGUUA